UGGUGAAUAGCACUAAAAAUGUGUGCUUAAGUUUGUCAAAUUCAUUCAUUCAGAUGUAUUAAAUCGCAAGGCUAACACUUUAACUCGGCAUUGUAAUCGACGAUGAUCAGUUUCAAUGGAAAACACUGAGAGAACCGCAGCCAUGGAGAUGGGAUUGCCAUUUUUCGCUGGCAGCCCGUUGAAGUCUUCUCAAUUUAACAAACCGAGGAUGAGACAUAUUUCAGAUCGCCACCCUAAACAACUUCUGGACACAUUAGACUCUCUACGGCAAUGCAGAGAAUUGUGUGAUGUUGUAAUUAAGGCUGGUAGCAAAACUCUCUUUGCUCAUCGAGUGAUUUUGGCGGCUUGCAGUCCGUAUUUUAAAGCCAUGUUCACGGGCGAAAUGGCGGAAAGUCGGAAAAAAGAAGUAACAAUUCAAGAUGUCGAUGAAACAGCUAUGGAACUCCUGGUUGAUUUCGCAUACAGUGCAGAAAUUAUUGUGGAAGAAGGCAAUGUUCAAGCCCUUCUUCCUGCCGCUUGUUUACUUCAAAUCUCAGAAAUUCAGGAAAUAUGCUGUGAGUUUUUAAAACGCCAGCUAGAUCCUUCGAAUUGCCUCGGUAUCAGAGCUUUCGCUGAUACUCACUCUUGCCGCGAGCUGUUGCGCAUUGCCGACAUUUUUACUCACCAUAACUUUCAAGAAGUCAUAGAAAGUGAGGAAUUCUUACUUUUACCGGUGACACAAUUAUUGAAUAUUCUGUCCAGCGACGAACUUAACAUUCGUUCCGAAGAACAGGUUUUUACAGCGGUCAUUAACUGGGUCAAAUACAGCGUUUCAGAGAGACGAUGUCACCUUUCACAGGUCUUACAACAUGUCAGGCUACCACUUUUAGGCCCUAAAUUCUUAGUUGGUGUCGUUGGUACUGAUCCUUUGGUAAAAAGUGAUGAAUCCUGUAGAGAUCUUGUGGAUGAAGCCAAGAACUAUCUUCUUCUUCCAGAGCAAAGGUUGCUCAUGCAAGGACCUCGGACCAGACCUCGAAAACCAACUAAAUGCACAGAAGUGUUGUUUGCUGUGGGAGGCUGGUGUAGUGGAGACGCCAUCAGUAGUGUUGAACGCUAUGAACCACAGACAAAUGACUGGAAAAUGGUGGCCACCAUGAGUAAGCGACGUUGUGGUGUGGGUGUGGCCGUUUUGGACAAUUUACUGUAUGCUGUUGGAGGUCAUGAUGGUAGUAGCUAUCUCAACAGUGUUGAAAGGUAUGACCCCAAAACAAACCAAUGGAGCAGUGAUGUUUCACCAACUUGCACAUGUCGUACCAGUGUGGGUGUUGCUGUUCUUGAUGGGUAAGUUGUUUGGAAUAAGAACAAAUCACGUAUUCGGUAGCAGAUAUAAUAGAAACAACCGUGCUUGUUAAUCAAUUAAAUGAAUAUACUGGUUCAGGUAUUUAACCCAAGUUAGAUGGAGGGAAGUGAACUUACAACAGCCCCACAUGUACAAAUUGUGAUUAUAGGGAAAUGCAUAAUGAAAAAUGUUGUUAAUACUUAGGUAAACUUUGUCUAUCCCACUUGCAUACUUAAGUACCUAAGAUGAUUCUGCUGUUAUUUGAAAACUAAGCAUAAGAUACAAGAAUGUGAGUUGAGUAACCACCAUAAGUACACAUGACAGACUGCCUACCAUUAUCACAUGAUCUGGUGAUUCUUGAGUAGUUUUUUCUCUUAAUGACUUUUUAAAUUCUAGUUUGAUUUGUAAUAAUUAUUAUUUUUAAGCUUGCUUGUUCAAAGGGGUAAACAAGAAAUAUAUCACUGAUUUUAAACCAACAUUUCCAGGUACAUGUAUGCAGUUGGGGGGCAAGAUGGUGUAUCAUGUCUGUACAUUGUUGAAAAAUAUGACCCUCAAGAUAACAGAUGGUUUCGAGUUGCAUCCAUGAGUUCUCGCAGACUUGGUGUUGGUGUUGCAGUACUGGAUGGUUAUCUGUAUGCUAUUGGUGGCUCUGAUGGCACCUCACCCUUAAAUACAGUUGAGAAAUAUGAUCCUAAAACUAAUCGUUGGAGCCCAGUGGCACCCAUGGGAACACGAAGGAAACAUCUUGGGGCUGCCCUCUUCCAGGAUAAACUCUAUGUUGGUGAGUAUUUAAAAGGUUGCUUUAUUCUAAAUUAUCUAGUGGAGUGAAGUCAGGGUGUUGGUGAGGGAGCAAAGUUCAGUUAAUUUUCAGGCAUGAUUAUCCAGCUAAAUUUUGAAAGCUUGACUGAGCUAUUUUUUUUAUUCAGAUGUGGAGAGUUGUUUCCUGUUACUCUACACAUUUCUUAAUGAGAACCCUGUAUUUAAAGCAUAGUGCAUAUUAUGGGUAACAUACCAAUACAAAUGGAACAAUUGAAAAAGGUCAUACAAUUCAUACAGUGUGAUCAGGUUAGCAAGUUUGUUGCGAAGGGAAAUGGUGUACAACCUUAUUGAAUAUCUGUACCUGACCAUCUGUCAAAAGUUCUUUGACUAAAGUGAGAACAUUAUUUUCCCAAUGGCAACCAAAUCUCAAGUAAUUUAUGUGCACUGUGAAAAUGGUACUUCUCUUAAAGAAUAAAGAUAGGAACAAUGUUAUGUGACACUUGAUCUCAGCUGUCGUGGUCAUCACUUAACUUACAAAGAAGUAAUAAUAUUUCAACAGUAUUAAAUUCACACAGAAUAAACCAGCACUUAGUCAGUGAAAACUCCCUUACAGGGUCUGUUUUAUUAUCUGCAGAAUCAAGAAACAAUUUUAAAACUGAAUACUUGUUUUCAUUCCUCAGUUGGAGGGCGAGAUGAUGCAACAGAGCUCAGUAGUGCUGAAUGUUAUGAUCCUAAAACAAACCAAUGGUCACCUGUUGUGGCAAUGAACUCUCGCCGUAGUGGAGUUGGUCUGGCAGUUGUAAAUGGACAACUUUUAGCUGUUGGUGGUUUUGAUGGUACCACGUAUCUUAAGACUAUUGAAGUGUUUGACCCAGUGUUAAAUCAGUGGAAGCUUUAUGGAGGGAUGAACUAUCGUAGGCUAGGUGGAGGAGUAGGAGUCGUAAAGUUACCACUUAGUGAUGCGUUUGGAUGUUAAAGUGAAUUGGGAUAAAAAAAUGAGUUGAUGUUCCUCCGUCUUUUGGUGUUUGAAUUUCAUCAGUUGACAGAACUGUUGAGUUUGGUUUGAUAGAUGCUCAAGAAGCGCCAAUUCAGACAAUUUUGUAUCAUUAAUCAUGUUGUACAAGGAGGACACCAGCAUGAAAAGGAUAAAUUUAAUUUGGUUACACCAGCAUUUAAUGGAUAAAGAUAAGUUGGUGUUAUCCAUAAAGUAUUUAAAAAAACAACUGCAGAACAGUGUGAUGACAAGAAGUAUAGCUGCUCAAAUGAAUCUCCUAUCUCUCUUGUUGCAAUGACAAAAGCGUCAGACACACUGAUUUUUCUUUAUUUGGGCUCUUUUUGUUUCAUUAAAAAUAUGCAAAGGAAAGUUAUCCUCAUCCCCCAUAAAUCAAGGUUAUGGUCUACAGAUCAGUGUGUGUGUCUGCUUGGGUGUGCCCAGCAGAGUGUUUUCUUUGUAUUCUGAAGGCAUUUGAAAAUUUUUGGCCCGUCAUCAAUUACAAUCAUUCCUCCUUUUGCAUGACUCAGUGUGAGGUUUCAAUUAGUAUUUGUCUCAAAACUUUGUGCCUUAGAAAUGCCAGUAUAGACCAAAAGUUGUUCAGAAAAGUUACCAUACAAUUUAUAUAAUAUUUUUUUCACAUGUUAACAUCAAAAUAAUUUGUUUUGUUUAAUUAUGUCUAUUUUUUGUAGAUGAUGUUGGCAGUAAAUUCUUUCAUUGAGGUAACAAGAUUAUGCCACAAAGAAAUGCAGAAAAUUAAUAUAAGAUCUGUCGAACCACUAUGCAAGCUUUUCAUGACAUACACGUAUAUUUGCAAAGUAAUUUUUCUUGCAUUCUGCUCUCAUUUGGGUAUUUUGGGUUUUCACCUUAUUUAUUAAAUCAAUGUAAUCUUGAUACAUAGACAGCAUUCUGAUUGAAACUAACUAGGAGACUAAUCCAGCCUUGGUGGUGUCUUCACACUUAAAUUUGUUAUCAAGAUUAACCAAUCACCUAACAUUCUCUGUGAAAUAAAAAUUGAC